AACUCCACUGCCUCCUUGUGGACACAACACAAAAAAAUUGGUAUACAGUUUUGGGGCAGGCUUGUGUGUUUUUUCCUCGGCUUGUUUUCACUCGGAGUGAGGGAUCGAAGUUGACAAAACAAAUGUGUGCCGUGGAGUCACGAGUCGGCGUUUCACAGUUCAGGUGGAUCUAGAUGAUGGACAAGGAGAAGAGAGUUCAAGGGAGUACACGCGGACUACAUGAUCAGAUUUCGCCGCUGCAUUUCACGAAUCAGUAACAUCUAAACAUUUUCUCUGACUCGUAUGACAACAGCGCUCGAUCACUGGCCGCUGGUUGUCCUGCCGCGGGACAGUGAGUGUCUGGUGCAGAGUUUCAUUUGCUACCUUGUUGCAAAGUUGCUGUCGCGCUUACCUGUUUUAUAUGAGUUUUGAAUGCGUAAUGAGGUUUACAUUGGCGAGACCACUUGUUGAAAUCUCACGAAACUAAGUUCAGUAUUGUGGGCAAUAAGAUUGAUUGAAUUUACCAUAUAGUCGGCCGUUUGCUGUCAUCUACAGUUCGUUUGUGACAUUUCGUUUGUGAUAUUUUGAUUGUGUCAUAUCGCUCAUUAGCUGGUUAGCUGUUACGGCUGACUUUACACUGUACCUGACCGAGAAAUAGCAGUCAAUUACACACAUUUAGACAGUUAUAUCACCAACUGUCUACCUUAAUUCAUAAAUAAUGGUGGGCACUUAAAUAUUUAUGUGUAAUCAUUAAAAAUACAUAAUUAAAAUGCUUCUCGUCAGAAUCUAAAGUAUUUAGCUCGCUAGCUAGAGUCGAUACUGAACUUGUUUCGGAAAGCCAAGUGAAAUAUUUAAGCUUUUCUGUUUGGCAUUGCACAGUAUUCCACAUCUCACUCUCUUUUUCCAAUGAUACAAAGCAAGAACUUGUUUGGGUGAUGCCAAACAAAACUGUCAUAAACGCUUGAAUAUUUAGCGAUGUCCAGUUUCCUGACAAACUUUUAGCAAUAUCGGCUCAUCGCCUAUAUUCAAAAAUUGUCGUUAUAAGUAUAAGUAAUUCCUAUAUAUCGUCGUUACUUUGCACGUAAGCUUAUUUAAGUCCAUUAAGUUGUUAAUAAUACGGUUUCGUCGCGUUUUCCAGCUCAUUAACGGUGGCAAAGCUCUUGUCAUUAAAGCGACCUCGUCAAACCCCUCUAAAGCAUCUGGACUGCACUCUUACACGCUUUUCAGACAUGGAGGGACAACUUAAACAUAUUUGACUUCUAUAUCGACAACAUUCAACAGUCAGUUCCCUGCGAAGUUGAUCUCGAAACUCUGCGGCCCAAUCAUGUCUGGAUCCCCGGGCUCGAGUGGCUCCAACCCGCGGAAGUUCAGCGAGAAGAUCGCGCUGCACAACCAGAAACAGGCGGAGGAGACGCGGGCCUUCGAGCAGCUCAUGACAGACCUCACCGUCUCAAGGGUGCAGUUCCAGAAGAUCCAGCAGCUCCGUCUGUCUCAGAACCGGGCACAGUACUACGGUGGCUCACUGCCCAACGUCAACCAGAUAGGCAAUGCCAGCAAUGAUUUCCAGGGGGCGUUUCCCUCUGGUCUGGACUCUGUGCGAGGGACUAGACACCAUGGUCUGGUGGAGAGGGUCCAUCGAGACCGCAAUCGGAUCAACUCACCGCACCGCAGGCCCAUUGACAAGCACGGGCGGCAGGCUGAGAGUUCUCCAUAUGGAACGAUGUACCUUUCUCCUCCCCCUGACAACAGCUGGAGAAGGGAGCAACAGCCAUGGACCGAAGAGAAACGACCUGGAUUUAGAUUAAUAUCGCAGCUUAACAGAACAAACUCUGACUCAGCUCUGCACACCAGCGCCAUGAGCCCAAACCCACAGGAUCCUUUUGGCAUGAACCAGCAGAUGGGUAGAGGACCUCCUCAGCGGAACGCAAGCAUGAAUGAAGCAGAGGUGGACAAUACUGGAGAUGUGUUCUCAUUUCCUGCUGUCCCUAAUGAGGAGAAUCUGCUCGGUGUGAAUAAGCCAUUGCCCAAACAGUUAUGGGAGGCCAAAAAGGUGCAGUCUCUGUCCUCCCGGCCAAAGUCCUGUGAAGUGCCUGGAAUCAAUAUAUUCCCAUCUCCAGAGCAGAAUGCUGGUCUGUCUCACUACCAGGGCACGUUAAACACUGGCGGGUCUUUGCCUGACCUUAGUAACCUGCACUUCCCCUCUCCGUUGCCUACUCCGCUGGACCCUGAUGAGGCUGGAUAUCCCAACCUGAGCGGAGGCAGCAGCACCGGCAACCUGCCUGCAGCCAUGAUGCAUCUGGGCAUUGGAAACUCACAAGGGCUGUCAUCCUCUCUAAGCAACCCUUCCAUUCAGGCGUCCCUUACCAACUCUCAGCUGCACUCAUCUCUCAGCAAUCCUUCGAUCCACACGUCCCUGCGUCUCUCCUCGCUGUCCAACCCUCCUCCGACGGGCAUGGCGAGUUCACCCAGGAGGCGGCCGGCCCCCAUUAGUCCUCUGACGCUCUCUCCAGGGGGUGAUCAGAGGCGAAGCCUGGGCAAGCAACUCUCUCCAACAAUGUCGCCCUCUCUCUCUCCGAUCACACAGGGCGAUUGGAAUGGUAAUACAGCACUAACAAUUGAACCAUGCAGCACAGACCAAUUAUCUGCACGGCAUGAGUGGAUAGCAAAGGGGGUUGCCUUGGACACCAGCAACUUGCCAAUGGAACCACCCCCUCCCUACCCCCUUUACCAGCAAACCCAGCAGCCCCUGCAGCAGCAGCAGCAGCAGCAGCAACAGCAACCGCCUCCCCAGUCCCAUCCGUCUAUUCAGCAGAGCUCCCAGCAUCCAGGGGUGCAGCAGCGACCAACAGGUGGCCAACAGCACCAACAACAGCACCAACAACAGCACCAACAACAGCACCAACAACAACAGCACCACCAACAACAGCACCAACAACAGCAACAACAGCACCAACAACAGCACCAACAGCACCAGCCUGUGUCCCCGCUGCAAAACGUCCCACUCGACUUCAAUUCCAGCGCUCACAGCAGCAUGGCAGCGUUCUUUAACGAUCCCUUUAUGGAGCUGCAGUUCUCCGGACGUCAGUCCAAGUGUUCGUCCUAUCAGGAUCAGUAUAACAUGUUGGAGAAUGUCAUGAGCUCAGUGGCAGGAGGAUUUGACCCUUCCUCCAAUCUCUACUACUCCCAGGCUGCCCUCAUGGGCUUGAGUGGUAGCCACGGCAACCUGCAAGACCAACAUCAGACAAGGCCCAACAUGCUCUACUCUAAUUGUGGAGGAGGAGUGCCCAACAUCAUCCUUACAGACGACUCCAAUCCUAGCCUGUCUAAGGACAUCAGCAGUGUGUUGUCUGCAGUGCCAGAGUGUUUGGACUCAGAGGGAGUUUUUCCACUCGAGGAUGAACUACGUAUUGAGCCGCUCAGUUUGGAUGGACUGAGCAUGCUCAGUGACCCCGAUAUGGUCCUCCCUGACCCCUCAGUAGAGGACAGCUUUCGAAGCGACAGACUUUAAAGAGCCACAUCAUGCAUGUAUACAUACAUACAUACAUACCUACAAGUCCAUGGACAUGACGACUAAAGCACAAAACCUAUAGCACUCAGAUUUCUAUAAACACAAAAAAGAUCUUUUUUACAUUUUCUUGAACACAAAGCGCAUACAUAAACACUACAUGUUGAUAUAAAACGAAUCAUCAUGUUCGCAUGAGUCACCCAGACGCCGUCUCUCAGUGGACACCAUUGCUCAGCAUGCUCCAUCUGCCUCCCGAGACACCAUUCAUCACUCAACAGAUAUCAGUGAAACCAAUCUGGAUGCUUCACACGUGCUUUGACCUGUAAAGACUACAAAACAAACAAACGUGCUUGAACACAUGAACCUGCCGUGUAUCUGCUCCUUGUGCCGAGUGACAAUCAGAACACCGAAGCCAUAGCAAUGCCAAACCGAUGGCUGGUUCGAGCCGUUGCAUUGCUGGUCUAAUUCAAAGCCAUGCUACCAAAACAAAAUGAAUGUGCUUGUUUUUACACAGUGCUUUUUGAUGUUAUCAGGUCACACCAGCUUUCUUUGACAUUUCGAUAGCAGCAAAAGGAUGGGAUAGUCUUGAAUAUGAAGAUGACAAUAUGACGUGUUAUGGAACAGAAGGAGUCGACAGCCGGCCUAAUACCAGCCCAUAUUGAUGCACCAAAUGCUGUGAUACGAGACACCAGCAGGAUGAGUUGAGCCUUCCCCCUCCCUCGCCAUGAACCCCAACCUUUAUUUCAGUACCAGGACUAGAAUGUGCUUGGUGUCAGCCGCUCUACUGAAUCGUCUGGCUCGGGCUACUGAGCAGACACAUCUAAACUAACCAACAGUCUCUGGUGUCACUGCCUGAAUUUUAGAGCAUGCGCUAAGCUAACCGCAUGAUAUUGCUGUGCGACAGGUUCGCUGACCAAUCAGCGGUCACUUUUCUGGCCUAUGAGCCAAAGCAACUCUUACAUGCUUCUGGCUGUCAAAACUCAGUCCGUCCUUUAUAAUGUGGCCAGUUCCCAUCAUUCAGAUGAUAGAAUUUAUGAGAUCUCCUCCUGCACAGUCACGUACUAGAAAGAGAGGACGGAAGAGUCUAGAUGAUGUGUAUAGAGCAUUAUUUUGCAUAUUUUUUGUAUAAAAAGAAAAAACUAUGAAAGAGAGCUUUGCCACAUAAAUAUGCCUCACGAUUUUCUGACUAGAAUGUAUUUUUGAAACAGAAAAAGGGCAAACUGUUUACAAAGAUAAAGUUUGAGAACUACGAAUUGUGAGUAGGCGGUGAAAUUUUUAUGCUUUUGGUAUAAAUCUAAAAGAAAAAACCUUUAUAUCUCGCUGACAUUGAUCCAGUCCAUAGUUAGCGAAUAGAAGCUUUGGCUAUGCAGAACUUCAGCACAGGACUGUCUCAGACGGCUGGAACAAUCUAGACCAUAAAAAGGAACUAUUUUACGUGUAUAUUUACUAUAUCUUUGUGCUUAUUUCCGAUUUUAUACAGACUUGUAAUGCGGCUUCUAAUAUGUCAGUUGUAUUUGUACUUGUUAAUCUGUUUAUGUUCUCUCUCUUUGAACUUUUGUUGUGGACGUCUUCUUUGGUGAACGUUUGUUGUGAUGGUAUUUUUCACCGUUGUUCAGCAUGGGCCCUCUCUCUGCAGCUCUGAUCCUUGUGAGGGGUUUUUACGAAAAAAAAAGACACUUUGGAAUUUUAAAACGUCUUUAUAAGGUGUGAUUUGUGGACGUGGGACACACGUAUCAUUGUUAUUGCUCAUGUUGAAGUUUGCACUGAUCUGAACAAAAUUGAUCUUUUGGUUUUUAAAAGCAAAUUCUGGUGAUUUUAUUUUGGUUAAGAUGUUAUUUGCAAUGAUGCAAAGAUACCUGCUUGAUGUUAUGCUUUUUAGCAUGAGGACUUUGAAAUGAAUGCAGUAUAUUUUGUGAAUGACUAGAUUCAAAUGACCAAAUGUUUUGAAAUGAAGACCCUAGUGAAAAAAAAAUAAGUAUACUAAAAUGUAUUUGAAAUAGAUUUAUUUUGUGCUAAGUAUACUACAAAUAUAUUUACAUAUUUAUGUGCUAAAUAAAAAUACCCUGCAAUUGUACUUUUGGUAUACUAAACUGGUAUACUUAGUCUUCUAAAUUGGACCAAUUAAUUUUGUACUUAAUGCACUUAAAUUGUGUAGAAGUAGUGCUGAGGUCCAACUAAAGAUAUACUGAAGUAUAUUUGAUUGUGCUAAAGUGCAACUAUUGCAAGUAUACUUUAAAUAUCUCACAUUUAAAGACUGAUAUUUUACAAAAAUCAUGCAAUCCUUAUUAAUAGUGAUAUUAAAACACUUUUAAGGCAUAAUAUUAAGAAAUGUGCAUUGUGCGAUAAAGAAAUUCUCCAAAUAAAGUUUAAUUAUAAUUUUAUAUCAGUAAGUCUUAAAUGAUAUGUCAAUAAAUGUUAAUGGAUUUGAAGUAUACUUAGUAUGAAAUAAAUGUAUUUUAAAUAGAUUUAGAUUUUUUUUUUUUUUUUACUAGGGGAAAGGUGUCUGAAUAUAGCUCAGGAAUGUAUUUUUUCUUCAAUAUUGUGAGUGGUCUCCUGCCUCUUGACUGCCAGAUCCGGGCGAAAUGUUCCCAGAUUCCCAGAAAAACUGUUAUAGCAAAGAUCCGAGAAAUCUAAAUGCACUCUUCUAUCUGUGUUGUUAUCUGUGUAGCUUUCUAUUCCAGUUACAGAGUUGGUAAUAGAAAGCCAUAGCAAUGUUAUCUGUGUGCCAUGUCCACAUUUUUUUUUUUUGUUUUUUGUUUUUAGUGUGUAUUUUUGCAUUCAUCAAGGUCAUUAUAGAGUUUUGGUCAAAACCAUCUUGUUGGUCAAAUCCAUCAAGUAGUCCUGACUAAAAUUCUUCCUCUUUUUGUUGUGCAUUGUCCAUUGUGGUUCAAGUAGGCAAGAAGAGAGGACGAUUGACACAAGCAGAGAUUUAAGGUGCGGUGACAUUAGCGAAAUUUGACUGGCAAAAAGUUCCAUUGUCUAUUAUCAAUAGUUUAGAGAUGUAUGAAGCAUAGCUCAGAUGUCACUUUCAAACCAAGCAGCUUUCCUGUUGGUCAAAACGGCGAAUCCAUGUGACCAGCUUGAACCUGUUGCAAGUUCAGCAUGGGGGGAAAUCUUUUGCCCUCUUGUGAAAUUCCCAAUCGCGUAAAUUCCUAUUGAAAUGACUGGAUUUCGCCAGCAAAAAAUCCGCUGAACAACAUAAAUGUGACCGCACCUUAACAAACCCCUUUAUUUAAUCGGAUAGUUCACCCAAAAAUGAAAAUUUUAUCAUCACUUAUUCACCCUCAAGUUCUGUAUGUUGAAAACCUGUAUGAGUUUCUUUCUUCUGCUGAACACAAAAGAAGAUAUUUUGAAGAAUGUUGGUAAUCAGACAGUUGACGGUAGACACUGACUUCUAUAGUAUUUUUUUUGUGAAAGUCAGUGGCUACCAUUAACUGUUUGAUUACCAACAUUCUUCAAAAUAUGUGUUCAGCAGAAGAAAGAAACUCAUACAGGUUUGGAACAACUUGAGGGUGAGUAAGCGAUGACAAAAGUUUCACUCUUGAGUGAACUAUCCCUUUAAGUAUCAAUUAAUCUAGUUCCCCAUGUACAAAAGGCAAAACAAGAUUUGACUUUCACCCCCUGCAGCUGCAGAUUCUUUUUAUUUUGUAAUGUUGUUCUUUAGGUGUAUUAUAAGCAUCUAUUAUAAGAAGAACAUGAGUAUGGGUGAUGUAGACAUACACGCUGGGCUGUUGUGCAUGUUAUUGCAUCCUGUUUCUGCUAAAAAAAAAAGCGUGCGUCUCUCUAUAUAACUAACAUCUUUUAAUCAUCUCUCUCAUUCUGUCAUCUUCCCAGUUAACUUUGAAGUUUUUGAUUAAUAUUAACAGUGGUAUCACAUUAUAAGAGAUGGAGUGAAACGUUCUUUAGUGGUUUUCAUUGGGUCUGAUGGUUAGUUUCAGCACCAGAUGACACAAGAGUCUGUUCCCAUCACUCAUUCUCUCUCUCUGGGAGGAGUUAUUGUCUUCUCCUGCCUUAUUCUUGCUCUUGACCACUUGCUGUCCCUUUGAGUGUACUGUGAUACUUUCAUUUUUAUUUUUCAUUUCCAGGCCCUGUGCUCUAAUGGCAAAAAAGGUGUUUAUUGGCUUUUUUUUUUUUUUUUUUUUUAUAAAUAUAGUCUUCAUAACAAGAUAUUCGUUUUUUUUUUUCCUUCUGUUUAUAGAAGGAUGUUUUUUUUUUUUUCCUUUUUUUCACCUUUUUUUUAUUUUUAUUUUUUUUAAAUGUACAGUUAUAUUAUUUAAAAAUAUUUUCUUGUCCACUAGUGUUACUUCCUUUUUUUUUUUGUAAUAUGCCAUAUUGAGAUCUUACUUUUUCUGACAUUACAGAUUUAUUAUACCAGUGGUUUCCAAUCUUGGCCAUGGGGACCCACAGCACUGCACGUUUUGUAUGUCCUCCUUAUUUAACACAACUGAUUCAGAUCAGCUCAUUAGCAGAGCUCCAUGAGACAUGAACAAAAUGUGCAGGUCCUCAAGGCCCUGAUUGAAAACCACUGUACUACACCACAAGGCGUUUGGUUUGUGAAGUAUGUUAUAGUGCUUUCCUUUGAUUUAAUAUAAACAAAUAAAAUCUUUACUGUCUCAGA